AUUUACCUUAUUGAAUUUAUAGCGAAGCGUUGCUAAAAUUGCACCAGAGCACCUCGUCGUCCAAGUUAACGGUUGCUGAGUUCGAAGUUGCAGCUAGGGGCAUGUGUUAGUAGCUCACAAAUUUGCUAAGUGUUUUAGCUCAACCAUCAGGAAUUUAGGUAUCCUAUGAGCUCUACCUCUGGUUUAAGCAGGCUAUUUGAUUUAGUUAUUUAUUCAGACUUAGAAUUGAGUUCAGUUAGGGAGAUUAGAUAUUUAACAAAAGGUGAGGUAGGGAGCCAUAGAGAAAUUAUAGGUGAUCCUAAUUAUUCUUCAUCCCUUACCCGUUGUAGUGAGGAUUACAAUACUAAAGACAUGUCUUCUGAAGAUACAGUGAGUAUUGAAGGGGAAGAAGAGGUGAUGAGCUCAAGUAAAGAGAGUGAAACGGGGACUUUGAAAAGUGGGGGAAGUGAAGAGAGUAGAGGUCAAGAGGGAAGCGCAGUUUCGACUAACAUUUUAAAGGUUGAUGAUAGUCGGGAAAGGUGUUAUGAUAAGAAGGAGGAGAUGGUGGAGGAAGCAUUGGGGUACAAAUCAUGUUGGAGGACUAGAGGGGAGUUGGGGUACUUGGUAGAAAACUACAAUAUCCCACCUCACGUGCUGGUAAGGCCAACUGGGAGUGAAGAUGUUGAAGGAUUACGAGCUUGGAUUAACGUAGCUUGUGUCGAAUGCAAUUCGAUUGGUGGUGGGGUUUUUAAUUUACUGCCAAAGUCGAGGUGUAACUAUCCCUAUUGUGGAUUUGCUCAAGUACUUCUUUAUAGUAUAGGAAGGGAGUGGAAAGAAAAGGGGUGGUUCUAUUUUACACCACGGGUGGCUGAAGGUAGGAGUAGGAAUCUGUUUACAGCAGGUCCUUCUUCCAUUAAGGGGUGGAAGGACAAGUUCUUCUUUGUUGAUAACACGGAGUGGGGGAAGAGAGAUGGAGAGGUGAAGGAUCUUAGUAGGUGGAAAGGGAAAAAAUUGAAUCCGAAAAAGUAUCUAUUUGGGGAGGGUGAAAAGAAUGAAGUGGAGAGGUUGGAAAGGGAUGAAGGGGAGUUGGUAAACAUAAUGUAUCUAACCAAUCUAGAGGUGGUAGAAGCAAUCAGAAUCUAUGAGAAAAGCUCACUGAGGGAAGAUGUUGGAGGCAAAGUUGUGAGACUUCCGAAGAAGAAGUCCAAGACCCUAGCUCCAACUACCAUAGAAGAAAGAGUGGGGGUGGGACUUCAAGACCCUACCAAAGUGGAGGACCUCAAGCUGAGGUGGGGUCUAGCUCGGAGCAAAGGAGGAGGUAGAUUGAGGAAGAAGCAGCAACCCAAAAAAGGAAAAGGGUGGAAAAAGUGCAAGAGCCACAACCUGAGGCCCCAAUCUAGUUUGCACCCCAACCUCCCCUAUGUAGAUCAAGCCAUCCUUGCGGGAAGUGGGGGUUGUAACACAUGGGAAGGGGAAAAGCUCUAUUCCUUUUCCAAGGCAAAUGUUGAGCUUUUUCGAGUCCGGCAAGAUCGUUGCCAAGCGGUCAAGGAGGAGUUGGCCACUACCAAAAAGGCUAUUGAGCUGAAAGAACAAAAGAGGAAAAAUUGCAAAGAGACCCUAGCGAAGAAGGAUAACGAGCUAGCCGAUGUGAAGAAGAAAACUGUGUUGGCAAUCCACAACUCAGUUGAGCAACAUGUCUUUGAUUUCAUCAAGUCCCCAACGUUCUCUGAAGUGGAAGACAUCCUCCCACUAAAACUGGAGUACGAGUUUGUGGUGGUGGAUGAGGAAGAGGUUAAGGUGCCAAAGGAGGUCGAAGUGGCAGAUAAUGUCCAAAACGAAAAAGUGGAUCAACAACACAAAGUCACCAACUGAGCUUAGCCAGCACACUCUCGAUUUUUUGAGGUUGUAGAUUAAGAACAUUUGUAUUUCACGUUAAAUGAAUGCAUUAGUAAUUUGAAGAAUUAAUUUUGUUUUUGUUUUCGAAUGAAUGUGUGAUCUUUGA